UCGCGUGCGGUUCGAAGUAAGCGAAAAAACAAAUUGAAUACAAAAAAGUUGAAGAACUUUGUUCACUUAUUCGCUGCGGCGUCGACGACAGUGGCAAAAGUGUGACAAGAGCGCGUCAAUCCAACAGAACAUCUUUGCUUCUUUAGUUCAACAACAACAGUAAACCACAUCUGAAUUACCGGUUGUGCCCUCAAUGAGACAGCGCCGUGGCGUUUGCGAAAAGUUUAUGUGAUUUGCGAAAAGUGAACGCAGCACUGCAGCUACACUUGGCGUUAAUUGCGGAAAAGUGAUUUGUAGUGAAGAGUGCGUGUGUGGGCGUUUGCAUGUUUUAUAAGUACACACACACAUACAUACAAACAUAUGGUGAAGACAGAUCAAUUUGUAAGCAGAGCAAACUGUGAUACGCGCAAAACUUUGUGAAUAUUGCGCGAGCAUCGAUAGCAUCGGCUGGAGUAAAACAUUCCUGAGAUGACGACAGCUAAAUGGAUUUGGCGAUUGGCGUUGAGCAUUCUAGCUGUGUUAGUAGCCAACUCAGCGGCCAAUGAACCGACCGGAUAUUUUCGUGAGGUCUGCAAAUACCGUAAGGGGAAAUUGCUACAACCGGUGACCGAGCACCGUCACCGACUGCAUGCGCUGCGCGAACAGAUGCGCAUCCGCUCCGCAUUGCGCGGCCUCGAGAUAGACGCUUACAUUUUGUCGCCCUACGAUGAGCACAUGAAUCUGGAAAUGGCCGAACGUGAUCGACGUCUGUAUUAUCUAACUGGCUUCACAGGCAUAGGAGCCUUUGCGGUUGUUACCGCACAUGCCGCCGCAAUAUGGGUAGAUAAUCGUUAUGUACAGCAAGUCGACGCGGAAAUCGAUUGCGAAUGGGAGCUCUAUCGGAUGAAUGCAACCGUAACUAUAACAACAUGGCUUUCGUCUAAAUUGUAUGCGAAUCAACGAGUGGGUGCCGAUCCGCAUCUGGUGCCACAUCAUCUGUGGAUGCGUUGGGAGCGUGAGCUGGCGCACAGAUUACUGUCACUCGAUAAGGUUAAUAACAAUUUGGUAGAUAUGAUUUGGGUAGAUCGUCCGAGUCCUACGAAUUUCACAAUACGCGUGCAAGUGCUUCAGUUCGCCGGUGAAAGGUGGGAGAGUAAAGUGGACGAGUUGCGUUCAAAGCUGCAAGCGUACAGUUGUGAUGCCAUGGUCAUCACAUCGCUGACAGAGAUUGCCUAUUUGCUGAAUAUACGCGGUCUCGACAUACCCUAUACACCAGUGGUGAAGUCAUAUCUCGUGGUGAGCCACGACGAGAUCUUUUUCUAUGUUGAUUACAGUAAGAUGACACAGGGUGUUGAUUAUCAUUUGCACACCGAUUGCUACAACGAACGCUGCGUGAAAAUCAAGGAGUACUACAAAGUCUGGAAUGACUUAAGAACAUACGCACAGAUUUGGAAACGCGUACUUGUACCGGGUCCCUGUGUGCAGGAGGAGGGUGCAUCUGAGGCCGUUUUCUCUGCAAUGCCGAGUAACAUAAUUUACAUAGAGGCCUCGCCUAUAAUCUUUAUGCGCGCCCAAAAAACGCCCGAAGAGCAACGUGGCAUGCGUGAGGCGCACAUACGUGAUGCGGCAGCCAUCUGUGAGGCAAUGAGCGUUCUGGAGAACCGAUUUUUCAUCGAACAAUGGACCGAGGAGAAGGUGAAAUAUGAGAUCGAUCGUUCGCGGCUUUCACAGAGCAAUGCGCGUGGCCUCUCCAAGCGCAGUGUCGUGGCUUUUGGCGAACAUUCCGCACUGCCAUAUUACAUCUCGAGUAAUGUCACCGACAUUGAAGUGACCGAUCAGAGUUUAUUGGUCAUCGAAUCGGGUGGUCAAUAUUACGAAGGUACAACGGAUGUUUCGCGUACUUUCAUUUUCGGCGAACCGACAGCCGCUAUGAAACACGCCUAUACGAAUGUGUUGGCGGGCAUGUUGGAAUUGUCGAAAUUGCGUUUCCCCUCAAACUUGCGUGCAUCGGGUGUGGAUGUUUUGGUGCGCCGUCUAGAAUGGGAGGAUAUGAUUGAUUAUCCGCAGACCACUGGAAGUGGCAUAGGCGCUUACGGAGCGGUGAAGGAGCCCCCAAUAUCAAUAGCGUAUGGACAGGAGGGUUCACAUCAUUUUCAUGAGGGUUAUUUCUUUUCAAGUGAGGCUGGUUUCUAUCGACCGGGUGAAUUUGGUGUACGACUGAAAAAUGUGCUAGAGGUGGUGGACACCGGCAAAGUACAUCCGAAUGGCAUGAAAUUUCUGGAAUUUCGACAAGUGAGUUUGGUGCCUUUCGAGCCCAAGCUAAUCGAUCCAACGCUCUUAAACGCAAUGGAGAAACGUUACCUCAACGAGUAUAAUGCGAAAGUCCGGGAAUUCGUCGGUGGCGAAUUGAAGCGUCAGGGCAAUAUGCAGGCCUUCUAUUGGAUGAUGAACAAGACACGUCACAUACGCGAGUACCUGCCUGAAGAGGAUUACCGCGCGGCGCGUGGUGCAGGCAAUCGAAUGCGCAGUUUUCUGACGGUAACAGUGCCGGCAUUGUUGUUGGGCAUAACCGUGUUUGGCAGCUUCCUGAAAUGGUUGCUCUAGUGAAAUGUGGAACGAUAGUAGAUAAUAGACAAUACACACUUUUCUGAAAUUUAUUAGUAUUGUAGGUGGAAAUAGGAAAUAAUGUAAAUCCAAGACUAACAUUAAAUUUUUAGUGAAAUUAUUAUUUAGUUCGUCAAUGGAAAUCAAUACAUAAAAGAGAUUUUGUGUAGAUGAAAAUAUAUUUAUAUAUUUACAUACAUACGACUUGUUCUUAAGGGGACAAGUUUAACCGAAAUUAUGUGCCUAAUUCUCACUGUGCAUUAGUUUUAAGGCUGUAAAUAAAAUAUGUGCUUGUAAGUGGCCAUGUUGGAAUGUGAAUUCAAACUGAAUGUAUUAUUUUUGUAAUAAAAAACUAAUUGAAAAAAA